AAGUAACGCGAAAACAUUUUACUUCCUUCUCUUCUAUGUUCAUCUCUAUCUCUUUCUCUUAUUCUUUGCUUCUUCUGUUUUCAGUUUGAUCCAACAGAUUCAUUUUUUUGUUUGUUUCUUUGAUUCAUUUGUAGAAAUUUAAAUCCGGUGGAAAUAUUUGGAUUUUCAAGUUCGACUAUCCAUUCGAUUUAGCUCAGUUACGCGCGGUUUUGGACUCAGUAUAGAUACUAUUUGAAGCUGAUUAAGGAUAACCUGGUGGUCUUGAAGUUAACUUUGAGUUGAGUUUAAUCUCGAUUUAAACGAUGAUGGAUAAGAGCUGGAAGUUCGUUCGGUUGAGGCCGGGAAUGCAAGUUUCGGUGUUGUUUUUUAUGUGCUUGUAUUUCACCUUGUGCUGGUCGUUGAAUGAUGAAGGUGUGGCUUUGCUGAGGUUUAGAGAGAGAGUGGUGAAGGAUCCGUUUGGCGCGUUAUCCAAUUGGAAUGAUGAUGAUGGAGAGGUUGACCCGUGUUCGUGGUUCGGUGUUGGGUGUUCCGGUGGAAAAGUUGUGCAGUUGAAUUUGAAAGAUCUUUGCCUCGAAGGAACAUUGGCACCAGAACUCGGAAACCUUGUCCAUAUGAAGUCAAUCAUUUUGCGCAACAACAUUUUCAGUGGAACUAUUCCAGAAGGACUUGGAAAGCUGAAGGAACUAGAGGAGUUGGAUCUGGGAUAUAAUAAGUUCAGCAGCCCCCUUCCUCGGGACCUUGGCAAUAAUUUGUCACUAACAAUCCUUUUGCUUGACAACAAUGAGCUUCUUGGUGGUCUCUCUCCUGAAAUUUAUGAACUCCAACGACUUUCUGAAGCUCAAGUAGAUGAAAAGAAACUCUCAAAUCAUGCUAAGACAUCAUGUUCCAGCAAAAGAUACAGUACAUGGAACAUCAUCCAAACUGAGCAUGCAGUUUACAGGAGACUACUGGAUACUAAAAAUUCCAAUGUAUCGAAUAAUUCAAUGAACCCUAAUUCUCCUUCGACAUCCCCACUACCAUCAGGAUCUGUUGCUGUCUUAACUAAUCAGACUUCACCUGCACCAGAACCGAAAGUGCCUGCUUUGUCACCAACUGUUCCUACCAUUCUUCCUUCUCCUCAACAAAGAUUUUCUCCCCCUUCAAACACUCCCGAAGUUUUAAUAUUGGGUGUCUCUAUUGGGGCUGCUGUUGCUUUUCUCAUCUUGAUAGUCGGAAUAUAUCUCUACAGAAACAAAACUGUAAGUGCUGUUAAACCAUGGCGGACAGGAUUAAGUGGACAACUUCAGAAAGCAUUCAUAACUGGUGUACCAAAGCUUAAGAGAUCAGAGCUUGAAGCAGCUUGUGAAGAUUUUAGUAAUGUAAUUAGUUCUUCAUCAAUUGGUACGGUGUACAAAGGGACACUAUCUAGCGGAACCGAAAUAUCUGUGGUCUCAGUUGCUGUUACAUCUAUUAAGGACUGGUCAGCAAAUUUAGAAGUGCAGUUUAGGAAGAAGAUUGACACAUUAUCAAAAGUGAAUCACAAGAAUUUUGUCAACCUUCUUGGAUACUGCGAGGAAAAUGAGCCCUUUACCAGGAUGAUGGUUUUCGAGUAUGCUCCAAAUGGAACACUCUAUGAGCAUUUACACAUUAGAGAAUCAGAGCACUUGGACUGGGGGAUGCGGCUGAGGAUAGCAAUGGGCAUGGCUUACUGCCUUGAGCAUAUGCACCAGCAAAACCCACCAGUAAUUCUGGGCAACAUAACCUCUUCAUCAAUCAACCUCACCGAAGACUACGCCGCCAAAGUCUCAGACUACAGUUUCUGGAAUGAGAUGGCUGCAGCUGAGAUGGAAAUAAAGGGCAAACAGCUCAUCCAUGCACCAUCAAUCUCCACAGAGACUAAUGUUUACAACUUUGGUGUAUUGUUAUUCGAAAUAAUGACUGGCCGGCUUCCUUUCUCACUCAACGAUGGCUUACUCGAAAACUGGGCAUCGGACUAUUUAACGGGAGUCCAAUACCUUGGAGAAAUGGUGGAUCAGACUCUAAAAUCUUUUGAUGAAAAUCAGCUGGCGGACAUUGGUGAAUUGGUAAAACUAUGUGUCAAUCCCGAACCGAAACAUAGACCAAAAAUGAGGGAAGUCACAGCUAGAUUGAGAGAGAUUACUGGACUAACACCAGAUGGGUCAAUCCCAAAACUUUCUCCACUUUGGUGGGCAGAGCUUGAGAUUUUGUCGACUGAAGCAGCCUAGCAAGCUAGCUUAGAUGUGGAAGUUCAGACUGUAAGUAUUAAGUUGCAAAGAAAUUUUCUGAUCUUCCAUGGUGCCCGUGGGUGAUAUGUAAACCAAGUACUUUGCGUUUUUAGGUUCAAAAUUACAUGUAUUAAUCUUUUCUCGUAAUGUAAAACUAGUUGUAUAUAAUAUAAAUUCUUCCUCAUCCUGUUUUUGCUGCUA